CAACCGGUGUCUGAUAAGCAAAGAGAGCCGAAGACAGAAGUUUGGAGCGUUGUUGGAAAAGAGAGAAGAAAUGGAGAUACAGUACCCAGCAGACAAGGGACCUGGGAAAGGGAAAUGUAUGGAAAACUGGGGAGGAACCAGGCAGAAGAUCCUGAAGGAAAAAGCCAUCAGUUCAGAAGUCCAGCGCAGGCUCUUCAGGAGCAUCCAGUACCAAGAGUCUAAGGGUCCCCGAGAAAUUUGCACCCGCCUCCACCAUCUUUGCCGCCAGUGGCUACAGCCAGAGAGACACACGAAGGCUCAGAUGCUGGAUUUGGUGAUCCUGGAACAGCUCCUGGCCCUCUUGCCCCCCGAGAUGGAGAGUUGGGUGCGGGAGUGUGAAGUAGAGACCACGUCCCAGGCGGUGGCCCUGGCCGAAGGCUUCCUCCUGAGCCAAGUGGAAGGAGAGAAGGAGCAGGUCGAGUGGCCGGUCCCAGGGGUAAUGACGGAGCAUCAUGAGGAAGGCAGAAAUUCAACAUGUCCUUCCGAGCAGCCGCUUUUCCGAGGGGUCUCUCGGGAUGUUCCAAAUCAGGACACUUCAAGAGGGAGUAUCAUAUUGUCAUUGUCAUUUGUAGGAAUGUCUCCUUUUUCGGGUGGACCCCAAAGAGCAGCUGAAACUCCAGCUCAAGAUCUUCAGUCCUUGGAGGACCUGGCUGUGCAUUUCUCCAAGGAAGAGUGGUCUCAGCUGGAUCCCAACCAGAAAGCCCUUCAUGGAGAAGUCAUGCUGGAAAUCUCAAGAAACGUGGCCUUUUUGAGUGUUAAUGGACAGGAGAAUGAAAAUGACAAAGAACUAUGCCAAACCAUCAGUCAGAAGGCAGGAAAAGAGAAGAUUCAAGUGCAACAAAACCAUGUGGGAGAAAGCUUCAUUUUUCAGGACCUUCAAGUUCAAGACUUUCUUGUUCAACGGGGUAACAAAGGACAAAGGGAGAAAAAUGUUGAGAUAUUCCAGGACAUAUCUGAUUUCAGCAAAGAUUAUAGAGUUCACAUUAGAGGACAGCAGUAUGUAUAUCAGAAGGACGAAUCUUCUUAUACUCAGACUUUCACUCCUCCAUGUGAAAGAAUCAAGCUGGGAAAGAAACCAUAUAAAGGUACGGAAUAUGGAAAAACCGUCAGCAAAGAGACAUCUCUAAUAUGCCAUAAGAGAGUCUUCUUGAAGAAGAAACCAUAUAAAUGCAAGUAUUGUGGAAAGAACUUAAGUGAGAAUAAAUCCCUCAUUGUACAUGAAAGGAUCCAUACAGGAGAGAAGCCAUAUAAAUGCAAGGACUGUGGAAAAGGCUUCCGUGAAAAUAAGUCUCUUACUAUUCAUAAAAGAAUUCACACAGGGGAAAAGCCAUACGAGUGCUUGGAGUGCGGCAAGAACUUCAGAAGCAGCAGCCACCUCCUUUCUCAUAAGAAAUUCCACACAGUGGAGAAGCCAUAUAAAUGCAAAGAGUGUGGAAAAAGCUACCACAGAAGCACGCCUCUUAUUAUUCAUGAAAGGAUCCAUACAGGGGAGAAGCCAUACAAAUGCAAACACUGUGGUAAGAACUUCCGUGAGAACAAGUUUCUUACUGUUCAUGAAAGGAUCCAUACAGGGGAGAGGCCAUAUAAAUGCAAGGACUGUGGAAAAAGCUUCCGCGAAAAUAAAUCUCUUACUGUUCAUAAAAGAACCCACACGGGGGAGAAGCCAUACAAGUGCACAGAGUGUGGAAAGAGUUUCCAUGAAAAAAGGUGUCUUACUAUUCAUAAAAGAAUUCACACAGGGGAAAAGCCGUACAAAUGCCUGGAGUGUGGAAAGAGUUUCCGUCACAAUGGAACUCUUACUUCCCACAUCAGGAUCCACUUGGGAGAGAAACCCUAUAAAUGCCUGGAGUGUGGCAAGGACUUCAGAAGUAGGAACCAACUCAUUUCUCACAACAAAGUCCACACAGGGGAGAAGCCGUAUAAAUGCAAAGAGUGUGGAAAGAGAUUCAGUGGAAAUACAUCUCUUGUUAUUCAUGAAAGGAUCCAUAGAGGGGAGAAACCAUAUAUAUGUGAGGACUGUGGAAAGAGCUUCCGUGAAAAUAAAUAUCUUGUUAUUCAUAGACGAACCCACACAGGGGAGAAAUCAUAUCAAUGCAUGGAGUGUGGAAGUAGUUUUUGGAGUAGUACUUCCCUUUCUUCCCAUAAAAAAAUUCACACAGGGGAAAAACCAUACAAGUGCAUGGAGUGUGGAAAGAGUUUCCGUGAAAAUAGUUGUCUUACCGUUCAUAAAAGAAUUCAUACAGGAGAAACACCAUAUGAGUGUUUGGAGUGUGGAAAGAGUUUCCGUUAUAGUGGAUCUCUUAAGUCCCAUAAAAGAAUCCACACAGGAGAGAAGCCAUUUGAAUGUACUGAUUGUGGAAAGAGCUUCCAGAGGAAAAAUCACCUGACCUCCCAUUUAAGAAUCCACUCAGUACGGGAUUCAGAAAAAAAGGAGAAUUAAAGUCCAGCAUGCUGAUGUCACAAACGAUCAAGGAUGAACUGAGGAAAGAGACAUUUGGAAAUAUUGUUCGGUGACUAAAGCAAGUGAGAAAACUUCAAGAAUGUGAGCAAGAAAUCCUAUACUUCUGAAUCUGCCAUAAUCCAGGUUGUCGUGACCAAACAGGAUCAAAAGAGAAUCAAAAAGAGUUUUUUUGGUGCCUUGUGUGGAAAUAGAUACAAAGAUAAAUCAGAUUUAUGACAAUGCUAUAAAAUUGAGACUAGGGACAAUCAAUGUUGAUACAGAAAGCAUUGGAGAUUUUUCAAUUAAAGGGGUCAUUUUAUUUUGUCAAAGAAUCCACGCUGGAAAGAAACAAUAUGAAUAUAUACAUGUGAAAAGAGCUUCAAAGAAAGAGUGUCUCUUCAAAAAAGGAACCACAG